CCUUCCCAACAUGUCUGACAACAACUCUGGCAUCGAGGAUACCCUCGCUGCUGCGUUCGACAGCUCGUUCUCCAUGCCCGCCCCAGAGCCGCGCCCCGAGUCCGAGAAAGCCUCCACCCCGGUCACCAAGGCCGACGGGGCUGGGGAGGAGGCUGAAGGCGAGGGCGAGGGCGAGGGUGAGGGUGAGGGUGGGGAUGACUGGAAGCCAACGUACGAAGCCAAUCUGGCUCAAUGGCGCGCCGAAGCAGACGAGGCGCGCAAGAAGGCAGAGGAGACGCGCGCCAAGUUCGAGGCCGACAAGGAGGCUGCGGAGAAGGCCAAGAAGGACGAGGCCAAAAAGGCCGCCGACGCCAAGAAGGCGGCUGAGAAGGAGAUCGCCGAGCUUGCCAAGCUCGCGAUCGUUCUCGAGAACUCGCCCUCGCGUGUGACUGUGCCGGCGCACAAGCGUGCUGCGGCCGAAGAGCGAGACAAGAAGACGCGUGAGGCGUGGGAGAUGGUCAAGCCUAAGGCCGAGGACGUAGCCUCAUCGCCGUCCGCACCACCUAGCACAGCGUGGGAGGAGCUGAGCGCCCCUCAUUCGUCAAUUGAAGACAUCUCCGCGUCGCACACUGCGCCUACUGGUUCCGCCUCGGACGGCUCAUCCAGGUCCGGAGGCUCGUCGUCGCCAGAGAAGGCCAGGCCCAAAGCCGUCGAGAGCAAGAACGAGGGCAAGAAGGAGACUGUCCCACUUCCGGCCGGCAUCACGCCGACGUCUGACGCGGUCAGCCAGGCAGUUGGCGCAGCGCCCCAGCCCGACCCUGCCAACGCGACCCCGUCGCUGACCCUCUCCAUCUUCACUGCACCAGGAGGGCUCACAGCCAAGCGUGUGUUGGCCGCCCUCGGUAUCAACCUUGUCCUGCCUUUUGUCAACGGCAUCAUGCUGGGUCUCGGCGAGAUCACAGCUCGCGAGUUUGUUCGCGUCGGUCGCCUGUGGUGGAAGGGCGAGCGUGCGAUUGCUGGCAUCUGGCGUAAGGACGACUCCGGCGCAGGCUCGGGCGCACGCAGCGUCGCACACGUCGGACUGAGUGGGGGCGCAGGAUUCUAGGUCUUGUUAGUCAGUGUAGCACAGUAGGAUAGUAGACAUGCACAUAUCAGCAAUGUAGAGG